GCUUUAUCAGCCCCAGAAUCAGAGACGCCACUUUCAUUUCCUUCGAGCUGAACACGUGUCAAGAGUAUUUGGAAACUGCUACACAGCACAACAGCGAAUAUCACCUGGAUUAUUUUUCUGUCUAGCCUGAAAGUAUAUCUACAGUGAACAACAGCCAUGUCAUCUAUUUUACUCAACUGUAUGGGGACUGUCACGGACCAUUCUGAAUAUAGCGAACCGGAGGUCCUUUUCAAGAACCCACAGAUCCAUGUUAAAAACCCCCACUUGGAUACAAUGGAAGAGGACAUUCUCUAUCACUUCAACCUGGGGACCAAGACCCACAACCUACCUGAGAUGUUCGGAGACGUCAAGUUUGUGUGCGUCGGCGGGAGUGCCAAUCGGAUGAAGUCCUUUGCUCAGUUCAUUCACCAGGAGCUGGCCUUGCCCGGAAACAUGGAUAAUGUCACAGAUAUCUGUGAAGGAACCGACCGCUACUCCAUGUACAAAGUGGGACCCGUACUUUCUAUCAGUCAUGGUAUGGGCGUCCCCUCCAUCUCCAUCAUGCUCCAUGAGCUCAUCAAACUGCUGCAUCAUGCCCGCUGCAUCGACUUCAUCCUCUUCCGCAUUGGCACCUCCGGUGGAGUCGGUCUGGAACCAGGAACAGUAGUGGUCACAGACAAGGCGGUGGACUGCUUCUUCCGCGCACAGUUUGAGCAGGUGGUUCUAGGUAAGGUGGUCACCAGGAGCACAGAGCUGGAUGUGGGCGUAUCCAAGGAGCUGCUGCAGUGCUCGUCCGAGUUAGACGACGUGCCAACCGUCAUCGGAAACACCAUGUGCACCAGUGACUUCUACGAAGGUCAGGGUCGGCUUGAUGGGGCUCUCUGCUCCUUCUCCACUGAGGACAAGCUGGAGUACUUAAGGAAAGCCUAUAACACAGGAGUCAGGAAUAUUGAGAUGGAGUCCACCGUCUUCGCAGCCAUGUGUCGUGCCUGUGCCAUCAAAGCGGCUGUCGUCUGUGUGACUUUGUUGAACCGUUUCGAUGGGGAUCAGAUCUCCACCCCUCAUGAUGUGCUAGUGGAGUACCAACAGAGACCUCAGGUUCUGGUGGCCCACUUCAUCAAGAAACGCCUGGGCCUCGUCGUCUAAAGCUCCCUCCGAUCACCUCUGCUGCCCAUGAACUGCACAUAGCUACAGCCUCGACUGUUACGGGGACAUACACGGAGUGUACAAAACAUUAGGAACUCCUUCCUAUUGAGUUUCACCCCUUUUGCCCCUGACUGAAGUGGAUUUAACAGGUGACAUCAAUAAGGGAUCAUAGCUUUCACCUGGUCAGACUGUCAUGGAAAGAGCAGGUGUUCUUAAUGUUUUGUACACUCAGUGUAUGUAUACAGUCAUGUUGAUAUGUUAAGAUAUUAUUUAAAGUGUUCUAAAAGUAAAUGAAGAUUUUUACAGAUGUGUUGUAUCGUGUAUGAUUUGUUAAAGGCUCUUAUGCAAUUGUGUGGUAUAUUUGUAAUGGUAUUACAGUUGAAGUCGGAAGUUUACAUACACCUUAGCCAAAUACAUUUAAACAGUUUUUCACAAUUCCUGUUUUUCACAAUUCCUGACAUUUAAUCCUAGUAAAAAUUCCUUGUCUUAGGUUCAGUUAGGAUCACCACUUUAUUUUAAGAAUGUGAAAUGUCAGAAUAAGAGUAGAGAGAAUUAUUUAUUUCAGUUUUUAUUUAUUUCAUCACAUCCCAGUGGGUCAGAAGUUUACAUAAAUUCAAUUAGUAUUGGUCUCAUUGCCUUUAAAUAGUUUAACUUCAAACGUUUCAGGUAGCCUUCCACAAGCUUCCCACAAUAAGUUGGGUGCAUUUUGGCCCAUUCCUCCUGACAGAGCUGGUGUAACUAAGUGAAAUAAUGAAUUAAGUGAAAUAAUCUGUAUGUAAACAAUUGUUGAAAAAAUUACCUGUGUCAUGCACAAAGUAGAUGACCUAACCGACUUGCCAAAACUAUAGUUUGUUAACAAAAAAAUGUGUGGAGUGGUUGAAAAACGAGUUUUAAUAACUCCAACCUAAGUGUAUGUAAACUUCCGACUUCAACUCUAUAUAUUGUGUUGCUUUUGACUACCUUGACUGUGUAGAUGAAAUUGUUGGUUUCUCUGUAACUACACUGAACAGAAAUAUAAACGCAACCUGUAAAGAUCCCAGAAAUCUUCUAUAUGCACAAAAAGCUUAUUUCUCUCAAAUUUGAAUACAUUCCUGUUAGUGAGCAUUUCUCCUUUGCCAAGAUAAUCCAUCCAGCCAACUGAUGCGAUAUUUCAAGAAGCUGAAUGAACAGCAUAGGUGCACCUUGUGCUGGGGACAAUAAAAGGCCACUAAAAUGUGCAGUUUUGUCACACAACACAAUGCCACAGAUAUCGCACGUUUUGAGGGAGCGUGCAAUUAGCAUGCUGACUGCAGGAAUAUCAGCCAGAGCUGUUGCCACAAUUAAAUGUUUUAUCUACCAUA